AUGGCUGAUGAAGAGCGACACUCCCCAUCGGGUGGUGCAUCUCCAGCUGCCAUGACGACAACAAGAGCGGCAUCUGAGCCAUCUAAGCCUUUACCCAAGGGAAUGGUACUGGGCCCUGAUGGCAAGCCUGCCUUCUCCAGCUGGGCCUCCCAGAUGAACGGAUCGCUGAAAAAGGGUGCAACAGUGACCUCGGAACCUGCCGAUGACUGCCCGCCUGAUGUCGAAGCACUUGGGCGCGGCACUUGGCAGCUACUGCAUUCGAUUGCUGCGACAUACCCUGAGAAGCCCUCGUCAGCACAAAAGGAGGAUCUCCGAGGCUUCAUGAGGCUAUUCUCAAAACUGUAUCCCUGCUGGGUGUGCGCAGAGGACUUCCAGUCUUAUAUGCAAAAGGAGCAGAUAAGGGUUGAGGGGCGUGACGAGUUUGGAAACUGGCUUUGCCAGGCUCAUAACGAGGUCAACCGUAAGUUGGGGAAGAAGGAGUUUGACUGUAGCAAAUGGGAGGAGCGAUGGCGCACUGGAUGGAAAGACGGCCGUUGUGAUUAA